AUGUCUUUCGGAUUCGGAGGAUUUGGUCAAAACAACCAGAGCUCCGGAUUUGGAGCUGGCUCUGGCUUCGGUGGGACGAGUUCUGGAGGAGGAUUUGGAACGGGCGCGCAGAACCAGUCAAAUUCACUUUUUGGAAGCCAAAACCGGACUGGCGGCUUUGGGACUGGGACUUCAGCAACAGGUGGAAGUCUCUUCGGAGGCAAUGCAGGAGGUACAACAGCAACAACAACUACUACCGGUGGUGGCUUUGGUGGUUUCGGUUCAACCGGAAACACUGGAGGCUUCGGUAGCUCCAAUAACACCACCGGUGGAGGCCUCUUCGGCAACAAGACUGCUACUGCUACUGGCACUGGCACCGGCUUUGGCAGUUCAACUGGUGCAACGGGUGGCUUUGGCACAAGCGGCGGCGGCUUUGGCACAAGUGGCACUACUGGUUUCGGUAGCGGAAGUGGAACUGCGUUCCAGCAGGCUGUUCCUCCUUCAGAUGGUACCGGUAGCACGCCAUUCAGCGCUUUCACCGAAAAGGAUGGAAACACGAGUGUGACCAACCAUUAUCAAAGCAUUUCUUUCAUGCAACCGUACAACAAAUACUCAUUUGAGGAGCUACGUCUGGGUGACUACCAACAAGGCCGAAGAUUUGGGAAUGGGAGCGGACAAGCCGGUGCUUUUGGUACGUCAGCAUUUGGCGGAAGCGGUUUUGGUCAACAGCAGCAGUCGACUGGGUUUGGAAGUACCUCUUCCCCUUUCGGCGGCACCAGCGCCCCUGCCUUCGGCCAGACUCAGACCCAGACUACUGGUGGGUUUGGCUCCACCCCUAGCAACCCUUUGUUUGGGUCAAAUAAACCGGCGACCUCUUUAUUUGGAGGAGGGGCUACUUCAACGGGGACAUCACAGCCCAGCUUAUUUGGCGGGGCCACCGCGACUUCCGGCGGCUUCGGUAGCACAGCCAACACCGGAACUGGCUUUGGAGCUGGAGGCUCUUCCCUUUUUGGCCAGAAUAACCAGCAGCCAUCAACUGGCGGUUCCUUGUUCGGAGGCGCGAACCAGCAAUCCGGAACUGGGUCUCUCUUCGGCGGUGGGACCCAGCAGCAAGGCCAAAAGCCUGGCCUGUUUGGGUCUAGCACCACUGGUACACCAACCGCAACUAACACAUUCGGAGGCUUUGGUAAUACUCAGAAUCAGCAGACCGGAACCGGUGGCCUGUUCAAUGCACAGAACCAGCAACAGCAAAAGCCUAGCCUUUUCGGUGGGAGCACCGGCACCGGCGGUUCCUUGUUUGGAGGCGGUGCUACAACUACCCAGAACACAGGCUCCUCGCUGUUUGGUAACACACAAAACCAGCAGCAGCCGCAGACUGGGGGUCUCGGAAUGGGUACAUCCAGUCUCUUCGGUAAUACGCAGCAAACGCAAGCUCAACAGCAGCAACCUCAGCAACCGGUGCCUGGUAGUUUGCAGGCCUCUCUCCUUGACCCAAACCCAUACGGGAACCAGUCCAUCUUCUCUGGUCUGCCCGCUCCAAGUGCUCCUAGCCCUGGUCCAUUGGCGACGCCGCUUGCUUCAUCUAUCAAGCAAAAACAACGCACCCCAUUGCCAGUUUACAAGAUUACACCUAGCGCUGCUAACCGUCUGGUCACGCCGCCAAAACGCCAAGGGUACGGGUUCUCUUAUUCGACCUACGGGUCACCAUCCAGCUCUACUGGUACUCCUAGCGGGCUCGGCAAUAGUCUCCUGGGCGGCAGCCUGCGUGGAAGUGUCAAUGGUGGCCUUGGGCGCGCUAGCUUCAGCAAGAGCUUUUCUACGAGCAACCUUCGCAAAACCUUUGACCCGGAGACUGACAGUAUAUUGUCUCCAGGAGCCCUUUCCUCUGGCUCCUCUCGUCUCUCCAGCGGUAACCUGAAGCGCCUUACCAUUGACCGCAGUUUGCGGAACGAUCUAUUCUCACGGCCUGCCAGUACACCUGCCGCUGCAAUCACGAAUGGCGAGGAUUCUGCACAACCGACGGAUAAAGCCAAGAAGAAGGUCAGCUUUGAAUCUACCUCGGAUACUACCACAGGAGGUGAAAUUGUGCCGGUACAGUCUCAAACCUCCGAGCCCACACCGGAAGAGCUGGGUUUCCUCCGCUCGAUUCGCAAGAGCAACACCGUCAACGGGCUCAAUGGGAUUAAAGAAAAUGGCACACGGCCCGAGAUGGAAUCUGUCCGUGACAAGGAUCUUCCGGCUGUCCCUGAAGGCUCUGAGCAGACCACAGUCACUGAUGGUCAAUCGCGGCUGGCUUUCGUCCCUAGCGGCGACCCACAGCCUGGCGAAUAUUGGAUGAAGCCCAGCAGGGCUGAACUGAACAAGAUGGGCCGUGACCAGCUCAAGCAUGUCGUAGGCUUCACCGUCGGCCGCCAACAUUGUGGUCAAGUGACAUUUGAUGAACCUGUUGAUUUGACGAACGUUGAUCUGGACCAAAUCUUUGGAGGUCUUGUUGACAUCGGCGUGCGGAAAAUUACAGUGUAUCCAGAUGAAGCAAUCAAACCUCCUAGGGGCAAAGGGCUGAAUGUCCCAUCUAUCCUUCGAAUCGAAAAUUCCUGGCCGCGUGGAAGAGACAAGAAGUCCCCAUCACCUCUUACCAGCGGGCCUCUUUUUGAAAAACACGUCGAUCGCCUGAGGAAGGUACACAACACCGAUUUUAUCGAUUACGAAACGGAAACGGGAACAUGGGUUUUCAAGGUGCCUCAUUAUACUACAUAUGGCCUUGAUUAUGAUAGUGAUGAUGAUGAUGAAGGUGAGAGCCUCAACCAAAGCACUUUGAGUGCUGCUCCUGACACACCGACUCCGAAGGCUCAUACCCCUACCAAUCUCGAUAAUACUGUGGCCUCGGAGCAGAUGCAACGCCCUCCGCAGUGA